AUGGAAGCGCUAUCCCCGCGAUCAACAAACCUCCCACUCAAGAACGCCGCGUCUGCAACUCAACAAAAGGUGGAUCGUCACGCCCCUCUACCCCCGGUGCCCCCGGCCGCCGCAAAGGCUGCGCUUUCUAAGGUCCACCCACCUCCACCGCCACCAGUUGUGACAGAACCUGGCGAAGAUGGCGAGCAGUACUCGACAGGCUCGUUUCUUGGGAAGGGAGGGUUUGCCAUCUGUUACGAGGGGCAGCUGGUGCGCAACGGCCGUGUUUUUGCGAUGAAAGUCGUCCGGUCGGAAAUGGCCCAGAAAAAAAUGGCAGAGAAGUUUCGUACCGAGCUCGAAAUCCACUCCAAAUUGCGACACCCAAAUAUUGUUCGUUUCCACCGCGCGUUUGCUUUCGAAAGCUGUACCUACGUUGUCCUUGACUUAUGCUCGAACGGGUCCGUUAUGGAUAUGGUGAAACGACGAAAAUGCCUUACUUUACCAGAAGUGCGACGAUUUAUGAUUCAACUGUGUGGCGCCGUCAAAUACCUCCACAAGCGCAACGUGGCGCAUCGAGAUCUCAAAAUGGGAAACUUGUUCUUGGAUCAUAACAUGGAUAUCAAAGUUGGUGACUUUGGCCUGGCAGCGAUGAUUAUAUCGGAAAAGGAAGCAAAACGGCGACAAACGCUCUGUGGAACGCCGAACUAUAUUGCGCCGGAGGUGAUUGAUAGGAGUAAAGGAGGACACAACCAAAAAGUGGAUAUAUGGUCAUUAGGGGUCAUUUGUUUUGCAAUGCUUGCUGGCUUUCCACCAUUUCAAUCUAAAACCCAAGAGGAAAUUUACAAAAAGGUCAAGAACUUGAACUAUGUCUGGCCAAAGGAUAACGAGUGCUCGAAUUUCAUUCCCGAACAAGCCAAAAACCUCGUGAGCUCAUGUCUGAACUUGGAUGAGGAGCAGCGACCAUCUCCCGACGAUAUUGUUGAUCAUGACUUUUUCAACAUGUAUUCGGGAUGCAUCCCUCGAGCAUUGGACCCGUCCUGGAGACAGACGAAGCCCGUCUGGCUGAAAAUGGAAGAACCCCGAGGCGAUCGCAUGAUUCAAGGUUAUAGCCUAGAUUUUGAGGACAGAUAUCGAAGUAAAGCUACACACACCAGAGAUUCUCGGGAGCGAUACGCGUUUUGCAAAGAAGCUUUCUAUACAGAGUGUGGUGUUGGCCGAAAACGCGACGGCACUUCUCGCAAAUGUGCAGGAAAGCACUCAUCGAAAAGCGUCUUUUCGGAGACUGCAGCAGAAACGGAAAAACUGCUUUCGCCAACUAUCCCUUUGCCAUUGGAUUUUGUUUACAGAUACCCAGUAUAUUUCGACGGCGACUGGAGCAUACCAGAACGCGAGUCGUCAUUUAAUGGAGACCAUAAUGACUCAAAAAGUUCAGAUGACAGUUACGAGAGCAUGCCUGCCACAGAAACUGCAAACCCGGUAUCUCGUGCGAGAACAAAAGCAGCUCUUGCGGCUGCGCAAACUCGACGGUUCGAGGCACAGCCACAGAGUCAUGCAGCCACCCUUCGUCAGCAAGCUCUUCCUGUUCGACAAUCGAGUAGAAAUGUCGCGACCAUGCGAAACCCACCAACCACUGCCACACACACAAGACGAGGGACAUCAGACUCUCUGGAGGGAGUACCAGAAUCCCUCCCAAAAGGGCUCGGCCAACGACCGUUGCGCGCUCCUCGAGGGGCAGGAGGUUCCUACUCCGCUUCUAUACGCGAUCUCGACAGGAUCGUUGCACCACCUAUGCCCAAGUCUGAGAGUAUGCCUAAUAGUUUAACCAUGGCCAAAACACGGUCACAGUCUCGCCGUCAGCUUGAAACCCCAGGGCAGAGACUUCCGAUGCCACCAUCUAUGACUGACAACGUACCCCGAUCUUCAACACCGAUUGGAGACAUUCUCCCAGAGCCAAGGACGCGAACCGUACGCUUGCCUUCUCGCCAACAGGCAAAUCGACCAGUGGAAAGGGACGCUAGAACCCUUCCACAACCCACAGCGGAGAACGUGCAUCAAGAUAUGGCCAAAGCUAGUAAAUUGAGUGCUGCAGCCAACAAACCGCGCUCAACUCUUGGCACCAAUCCACUUAUCCACCCUAGUGAGCAAUUUGACCUGCUUUAUCGAUCGUCACCAGAGGAAGUCAUCAUGGAUAUUAAAGGCAUGUUACGAAGCAUGACGCCAUCGGGUUCUCGCACAUACCGUUCCCAGACUCGAAGACGGCCUCAUCCAUAUGUUAUUAAAUGGGUUGACUAUACGAACAGAUAUGGAAUAGGCUAUAUUUUGGAUGACGGUACUGUCGGCUGUGUUUUCAAAGGCGAACACAGCCAGCCCGCAAGCGGUGUUAUAUUACGAGACGGCGAAAGGCAUAUUCGGCGUAAAGCCCGAAGCCAAGAAAACCGCGAAGGCGCCCAGUAUGCUUAUUCUGAAGCCGACCAGCUUGUUCCCCGCAACGGAAGACCCGUUGAGUUCUAUGAGAAUUCCGACCAUGGCCCUGCUGAAAGCCGAGGGAUGAGGCGCGUUUUCGUCCAGCCGGAUGUGUUCGAAGUCCGAACCUCUAGCAGCGGCUCAGGUGCUAUGGGGGUGAAAGUUAGGACAGAUUCCGGAGUGGAGUACGCCAAGUCGGAAGCAGAAAAGGUGAAACGGGUCAAACUGGUCGAUCAAUUCGGGAAAUACAUGAUUGGGUCACUGGGUAGGAACGGAGAUGCUGAUCUUAUGAACGACGAUGGUCCGUCGAUGAGGGAAUCAGAUGCUUGCAUCAAAUUCUACCAACGGUUAGGGAAUGUUGGGGUGUGGGGAUUCGGUGAUGGGGCUUUUCAGUUCAAUUUCCCCGACCAUACUAAGCUGGUGAUUUCCCACGGCCAGAGCAGAGGCUCGUCGCCAUGGAUCGACUUCUACCACCUUUCUCCGUCUGCAGCACGGUAUCUCGCCGGCAAGGGCAAAAUGCAUCCAUCAGGGUUUGAUACCCGCGCGGUGGCUUCGGAUGAUGCAUCGACUUUUAUCUCUGUUGCCAGCGAUUCCUCAUCUUCUGAAACCGGCAACGAUCGAUUGCGCGAGGUGUUACAAGCCAACUCAUUCCUACGCAAAAUCGAAUUCGUCAAGGAAGUGCUCACUACGUGGGUUCAUCACGGGCGUCUCGGGGGCAGACCGCGUUCCUCCAGCGGCACGGCGGAUGCGAGUGGCCGACCGACGGAGAUUUUCUGGGAUGGACCGCAGGAACGGCCGUCUGGCGGGGGAGGGAAAUAUGUAUGGGUGACUGUUGGCGCUCAGGGUGGGGAUGGCGAGUAUAUCUGUAUGGCGUCCAAUUUUUCGGCUCAUACUCCAGAUAAUAACCAAGCACGGCCGACGAGGGAGAAGGCGGGCCGUGAGAGGGGAGUUGAUUUCAAUCCGGUGUGA